AUGGACGCUGAAGGUUGUUUCUUUGUAAAGUCUCUUUAUAAUAAGAAUAAUGAGCUUAGAUUUGUGCUAGGUUGCCAAAUUACACAGCACAGUCGGGAUUCUUUAGUUAUGCACAAAAUUUGUUCUUUCUUUAACUGCGGUAGAGUUGAAGUAUCUAGAAUGAUUUACGAUAAUUAUGUUGUAACUAAGUUACCAGAUAUAAAUAAAAUUAUCAUCCCUUUCUUUACAAAAUACCCAAUACGGGGUUCUAAGCGUAAAGAAUUUGAAUGUUGGGUGGAUGUCGCCAAACUAAUGAGUUCGAAAGCUCAUCUUACUAAGGAGGGAUCUGAGAAGAUAUUACAAACAAAACUUCAAAUGAAUACCUUUAGGAAGGAAGAUGGUAAUAAUUAG